GGUCUCUCACUUGUUCCUGGUGUGCCUCACAAUUUCAAUUGAAGGCGAGGCUGAAAGUUAACUCGGCGUGACCCGCGCGCGCGUUUGCCCAGGCGGAUGGCGCGUGCGCAGGGCGGCUGCUGCUGCUGCCGCCGAAAGGAACCGAGUACCCCGGGCUCGGGGCAAGCCAAGGGAGCAAGCCAGCCGGUGGCCCGAAGCCGCCUUACCUCGAAUAGGGGCCCGAUCUUGUUCUUCUCCAGGUUUGAGAAGAACCCCCCUGCCCCACUUCACGUGCCAAUGCAGAUCAGAAGUUCCUGCAGAAAGGAUAGGAUUGUUAAGUCCAUUCAACAUUUGAUCCUGACUGACCUGGGUCCUAUGACUGUCUCCAUGUUGGAAACCCUUUGCACAAGUAAGGCAGCCUGCUUGAGGUUAACACCAAUCACGCAUUGGCUGGGAAGUGUCCGCAGUGUGCAUCAAAGAGAGAAAACAAAUAUGGCAGCAGCAGCACUGGAAGGUCUUGAUUUUAUGGUCUACAAAAUAACCAUGAAGGAAUCAGUCAACAGCAAGCAUAGCACCCUGGGAGCUAUGCAGAUUCUGGGGUGUGCUAUCUCCUUCCUUCCAUUUGUGUUUGUUGUGCUUAUGAGGAGAAUAAAAGGAUUUGAACCCUGCUUGUAUGGGUGCCUGGGGACUAGCUCUAGCACAGUAAUUGCUAGCAUGCUUCACUAGCUGGUUGAGUUGGGGUGGGAGGAUAUUGUGGUGUCAUAUUGCAAUUUCUCUGUGCAGUGAUGCCAGGGCUGUGAUUAUGUUCUUUCCCCUGUGUCACAAGUUCUUUAGUUAUUUCCAUAUAUUGA